UUUUCCUCACUUUUGAAAGUUCAAAAUCAUCAGAAGCUUGCUAAAUUUAAAAGGAAUUUCUUUAGUGAAAAUGAAUUUAAUUCCAAUAGUAUCGUUGAUACUUUGGAAUAAUGUACACGGUGCUCAACUUCUUCCGGAUCUUGGAGCAGAUGAUAUUGGAAAGGAUAACGAAUACUUCUCUCGCCGCAAUCCACGAGCUACUAAUAAAGAGUUCAAAUCCUCACUUAUUCAAAUGCAAAUGAUAUCUCGAGUUACAAAUGGAAUAUAUCUACAACAUGGAUUAUCCAAUGGAUCUAUCAAAUCGGAUGAUCUUAUUCCUGAAUUACUUCAUUUUGGAACUAUCACUCCCACUCAGAUAUCUGCAAUCAAUACUGAUAAGUUAUCUAAGAUUGUUGAGGGGAUUAAUGGGCUCAAAUUAGAUGGGAAAGUUGGUCAAGUUGAGAAACAGCUGAUCGAGUUUGUAUCAAAACAGGAGGAGCUGUCAAAUAUUGAUCCAUCUGCUAUCGUUCCUAAGGACGACCCGUAUAUGAAAGAGCUGAAGGAUUUGAAGGGGAGGAACGUUCCAUGGGCCAAGCUGGAGACAGGUUUCAAAAAAGAUUUGAAUUAUUUCCUGUCAGAAAUGAACGAUUUCAAUACAACAUCAGAUCUAGACAAUCUUCAACGGGUUAUAUCAGCAAUCGCCCUGUGCAAAAGAUUUGAUCCAACGCCAUUCAAGUCGUUAUCCAAUUUCAAACUUCUCAGAGACAAGUAUAAUGAUUCUCCGAUGAUGACCAAGGCUCGUGGUUUUCUCAAAGAGUUUAAGAACGAAAAAGUUGAAAAAGCUAAUCUAGAAACUGUUCAUAAGAAUAUUGAUAGUUUGAGUUCUUUAGCAGAAGAUUUGAAAACCAAUCAACAUGUUAUCGAAACUCUUCAUCAUUUCUUCGAAGCUCGUCAACUUCCUAUCAUUGAUUCCAAAUACCUCGCGGGAUUCCCAAAGGGAAUUUCAGAUAUUUCAAUGGUCUUCACUGAUUUGGGAACUGCUUGGGUGAAUCAAACAGUUGCUGGACAAGCUUCCAACUUGGGAAAGGCUCUGAACCAAGUGAAAAUAUUGGUGACCAAGGCAGCGGGCAUUGAUCAGUCAGUUCAAUCAGGCGAGGCUACAAUUCUUAAAGAAUUGUCAGAAAUUCAUCCAAAAAUUAUGAAGUUUGUGGAUUUUGCUGAUACCGUCAAACCAUUCGUCGGAGCAGUGACUGAUAUCAAGUUACCCGUCCCUUCUGGUAACGUUCCAACUUUCGACAAUUUGGAUAAAUUUACUAAAAGCACGGAGGAGUUGUCAUUAAAGCUUCUGGCGGCAGACAAAUUAGUUGGACUUUCGAAAGCUUUACAUGAUUCUAUGAACCAACAUACAUUGGACAAUAUGUCGCAGAUAGUCAACGUAACGGAUGCUAAGUUUCUUGAAAGUGUUCAAAAAAUCAAUGAAACCUAUAAGCUGAUCUUCAAAGAGAAAGGCUCAAUGACGACUCUGAGCAAAGGAACUAUAUUGAAGGAUGUGACAACCGUCGUAAACAAUUUUAAACAUCUUAAAGCAUUCGUUGAGAAGUUCAAAAAAUUCAAAAAGGAUUUGGAAUUUUUGAAUAAAAUCAAAAAAAUCGAGCCAGUGAUUAACUUCAUCAAAGACUAUAGAGGGAAGACUCCAAACAAAGUUGGGCUGCCAAUUCUUAUAUCUAGUUUGCCGUCUAUCAAGGAGAAGCUAGGAAAUCUCACUGCCUACAUCAAUGGAAUCAAGAGCUCGAAGGACAAAGAAACUGAAGCUUUGUCAGUUUUUACCAACAUUGCUAAGGAUUCACAGGUUAUCGGGAUGGUGACACGUGGAAUUACGAGUAUGGAGGAGAUGGCUAGCCAGAAAGUUGAUUGGAAACCUCUGAAGGAUCUGAGUGCUGCAAUUAAGGUGAUGAAGAAGAUGAAUCCUGCAGAUGUCAAGAAGUUGGAAGCACUGGCUGGAUUGGAGAAUGAGUGGAAGAGGAUCAAGGGAGAAGUUGGAACCUUUAUUAAUUCUGUGAAGCCAGUCAAUUCCACCAAGUUGUCGGACUAUUCUGGAAUCUUUCAAGCUGCUAAAAGUGUCAACGGUCUUAAAACAAACUUGUCUGCCAUCAUCAGUUCCGUGGAAACUUUGAAGAGUCGUCUACCAUCAAGAAGAAAAAGAGCAGCAACUGGAUUAACCGGAGCCCAACUCGACAAGCUCCUAGCACUUCUUCGACCCCUCCAAAUCUAUGAUCCUACCAUAUACUCCGCUGCUUUCGAUGCUUCUGCCAAGUCUCUGCAAGCACUGGUGGAUUCAUUCACUGAAUAUGGGAAAAUCCUGGCUAAGCCUCCACCUCCAAAGCCUCCAGCACCUUCUCCAGGAGGAGCAGCGCCACGACAAGGAGCCGCCAAACCCUCAAGUCAAAAUGCCCCGGAAUCAAUCUCCCUGUGGCCAUACAUUGCUAUUGGUGUUAUCAUCCUUCUGGCUAUUGCUGGUCUGGGCAUAUUCUUUGGUCUAAGAUGGUGGAGCAAGAAGCAAGUUAAAUCUGAUUUAGUUUUAGAUCCCGCACCAACAAAGACUAUAAUUGCAAUAUUGCCGGAUGCUGUAAAAUACAUUUGUGAUCGGGAUCGUAGAUACUCCGAUUUCAGGCGAAACGAAAGCACUUUCGAUUUUAUGAAAUUUUUCAAAACGUCGUAUGAGAACAAAGUCGCUAAUAUGCAGUCGCCAGAGGUUUCGGAUCUUGUGAAGAAGCACGAGAUGGAUCUGAGAGUUGCAAAUCCACUCAUCGAGAAAACUCGAGUCAUUCUCAAGGGAUAUAAAAAACAGUUCAACGACAACUUCCUCCACGCGAACUACGUGACAUGCCCCGAUGGAAUGCGAUUCAUCCUGAUGCAAUCUCCACAGUGCGAGAUUUUGGAGCCAAAGCCAGCCAAGGAAAAAGAGAAGUACACGGAAAUGACUCCGCGGCGCAACUCAACAAUCGAGAAGUUUUGGUGGAUGAUCCGACAGGAGAAGGUGGAGCAGGUUGUGAUGACGUGUGACUUUUUGGAGAGAAACCGCGAGACGGGUCUGUUCUUUGAGAAUUGCUCCAAAUAUUACCCGAUGAAAGUGGAUACGGAGCUCACGUUUAAAGGGAUUACUGUCAAGUGUACCAAUAUGGUUAAAGUUGAUGGAAUUGAACGCCGCACUUUGUGCAUCACUUUUGGCGACGGUGUGCAAUUGACAGUAACUCAUAAUUUGAUGUCGUCCUGGACCUAUCUGAAUACUCAGAAGACAACGAUUUCCAUUAUUUCAUUGAUUCAAUACUUGAAUAAAUGCAAAGGUGCCCCGAUUGUCAUUCACGACCAUGACGGAAUUUCGAGAUCUGCCACAAUUCCAGCUUCGAUUAUUGGCUAUCAAAAGAUUGCGGAGACCUCUGGAGCAUUUGUACUUACUGAUGUGAUUGAUUACAUUCGUGAGCAUCGUGCACUUGCGAUUUCUACACCUGGUGAACUUUCGUAUAUCGAUGCAGUGAUUGUCAGAUUGCUUGCAAUUCAAUUCAAAGACCAAUUCUCGAAGGAACAAACGGAAAUGUGCAAAAGCAUUGCAAUUUUCUUCUCGGUCUACUCGCCACGCGUGCAUGAAACAAUCCUAGAUGGCUUGCAGAAAAAGACUGGAGGAGAUAAACUGCCUGAAAUUGUGGUGCCUACGAAGGAAAGAAGCUUCAUGACACUCGCAUCUUCCUUACACUCGCUCAAAGAUGAGAAGUCUGACAAGGAGGAGGAUAAUGUUGUGCAACGCGUUUAAUUACUUGUGUGUGUUUCUGUAUUAUGUAUUGAUUUUUAUAGAAUAUCAUCAUCGAAAUGAUGAUUGAUAGCAUAGAUGAUAGAAUAAAGAUGAUUUGUGACC